CCGGGAUGGUGUGUCUACAUGAAGCCUGACAUUUAACCUCCAGUGACUAAUCAAUAACUCUAAAACCAUGUUACCAAUUGGAUUAACCAGAUGGGGUCCCUUCUGGGAACUUCAGCCUGUGUUACUUCCGACAUCUGUACCGUUAACCAACAAACCUACAGCCUCUGAAACGGUUUAGCCAAUUAGAUCCCUCAUGUCUACAUGAGCAUUGACCUUUAACCUGUGAUGUCAUCUCUGCGGUGCACCAUUAACCAAUACAUGCACAGUCCCUGAAAGCAUUCAGCCAGUUGACUUCCAUGACUGGUUGAACGUCAACCCUUGACGCAACGUCGAUAAUUAACGGGGGGCAUCUCAGUGGCAUCGCUGUACCGUUAACCAGUGAGCGUACAGCCUUUUAAAGUAUUCGGUCUAUUCGAUUCCUGGAUUGGCAGGAUGAUAUGACAUCACUUGUCUUAAAGGGCCAGUUGUGAUUGGGGAAGAGACACAUCUCUGCACUCCUGCGGGUCUUAGAAUGCCAGAUCUGCUGACCAGAGCAACGUGCAGAAGCUUUCGUUCCUGUAACCCAAGAGGAGACGAUCCAUUGACGGGAAUGUGGCCUGUGGCCUGUUCUCCCUUCUCCUUAGAAAGCAGUGAGAUAUUUGGGUGGGAAAAGCAUCAGCAGGACUUUUGGAUCUCUGGGGCUUUUGCUGCAUUGACUAAUCGGGGAGGCAACUAAUCUCCUCACUUCUUGUUGUCAGGAUUCUGUUUGAUCUGAAAUCUUUGAGAGAGAAUAAAUAUGGCCCCUCACUGGUUGUUUUAUGGUUCUAAUAAUUACCCCUUUCAAAGCAAUCUGGAUUUCCUAAUUACUCUAAGAUCAGACUCCAGCCCUGACUCCGUUACAUUCCAAAUUUACCCCAUGUGUCCCCGACUCAGGUGGUGUCACUCUGAAUUCAGUGAGGGCAGAACCUGGCACUGGCUCCAUUGACAUCAGUGGGGUCACUCUGGAUUUAGCUCAGGGUCACUGAGAUCAACAUCCAGCCCUUUUUUUGUUUGUUUUUUUGUAAAGUCAACAAAACAGGCCUUUUCUUUCCUUGCAUCCAGAUGUUUUUUCUUGCUGCUGCUUCCUCUCCUUCAUUCACAGACCCUGACCUCAGUCUCUCAGUCUGUUUGAUUUUGUGUUUGAUAAAGACACAGAAACUCAUUCGCUCACAGCCCACUGUGUGGCUGUAUAUAACACCCAGCGGAAGCCAUCAAGCUGGUCAUGACAUAGAAACAUCUUUGCAUUGGUCAGUUUUAUUCUCUCAAGAAAGGCCACAGGAAAAAAAUAUAAUCUCGGAUUUAGAGUUGGCUGGAGAAAAGGAUUUUUUUUUUUCCCCAUGGAAAAUUUCAACAAAUAUAUUGUACACUCUCAUUGAUUAUUUUCUGUGGAGAAUUUCAAUGUUGUGGCGAAAUCUCAAAAACAAAACAGUUUUGAUUCAAAGCAGGGCCGUGGAGGAGUUGUCAUUCCAGGCCUCAUUCGCUUUGGGCCAGAGUGUAUCUUCUAUGAUGCAUCACUGCUAGGGACUCCUAUAACACUCUGCCCUCAUCCAGAGAGGAGAACGUGAUGCAUCGUGGAAGAUGUAGUUCUUCCAAGGAGCAUGCCCCAUAGAGAAUGUGGUACCUGAAUUACAACUCCCAUGGGGCACCACUUUGCAGUUUUCUGUGGGCCAGGCUCCUGGGCUGAACUGUACCCCUCCUCUUGCUGAGAGGACUGACACCAAUUCACACCAGCUGGGGAUCUGGCCCCAUCAACACCCCCAGAGGAGCGGCCGAUUGACACCAGAUGGGGGUCUGGCCCAAACCCUCACACAUCUAUCACUACGGUCAUCUGUAAGUAACAGAAGCAAAAGGCUCAGCGCGUUGACUAAACACUAACCCUGGGAGAUGCCUUCAAGGUUGUGUGAUGAAGGGAUCUCCUGCCGUUCCCUGUGUCUCCCUUUGCUUCACAGUCAGAUCUGACUCUUCAGAGUCGCUGAGUCUGGAUAGAGGCAUAUUCUGUGUGAGCUGGAGCCUUGAAAGUGAUCUCGGCAUAGUGCAGAUCCUUGCUCGCGUUACCACCAGCUCUGCUGUGCCCCUGUUGAAGACACAAAUCAAGUCACCCAGGCUCCAUCUCCUGCUGCGUCUUUCCAGCCCCGUGAGUGCAUUUAAGGGGCAAGUGGGUAAAAAGAAGACCCCUGGCUGUGUGUUGGGGGAUCCGUGUGUGCUAUUGUCCCAAGCACACACAGCCCCACGCCAGUGUGACUCAGCCCCCAGAGACCCUGCCAACUGGCUACAAGUCGGGAUUGAGAGGCACCGGCAGACUGUGUGUGGAGAAGGGAGCCCAGAGCUGGAAUAGCAGAGGGGCUGCGAGUUGAGAUUCUUGCUGUCCACCUGUCUUUGUGCACAAUGGUCUGUAUGUACGUACAUGUCUGCCUGUCCCCAUGUGCACGUCUGUCUGUCUAGAUCAGUGGUUCUCAACCUUUCCAGACUACUGUAUCCCUUUCAGGGGUCUGAUUUGUCUCGCAUUCCCCAAGUUUCACCUUAAAAACUACUGGCUUACAAAAUCAGACAUCAAAAUACAAAAGUGUCACAGCCGCACUGUUACUGGAAAAUUGCUGAAUUUCUCAUUGUUACCAUAUAAUUCUAAAAGAAAUCAAUUGAAAUAUAAAUAUUGUAGUUACACUCUACACUGAAAUGUAUGGAGCAGUGUAAACAAUAAACUGGAUGAAAUUUUAAGAUUGAACUGACUUUACUGGUAUUUUUUAUGUAGCCUGUUGUAAACCUAUGCAAAUAUCUAGAUGAAUGGAUGCACCCACUGAAGCCCUCGGUGCUGAAAACCACUGGUCUAGAUGAUAGAUAAUCUGGUACUUUUGCAGCUUCCGUUCUUGUAAUAUCUAACGGCUAAAGCACCCCAACCCUCUCCCGUGUUCCACUGGUUUCUACCACAGUCACACGGACCACGUGUCAACGCUGUCUUGAAACGGACAAUGCCACCCAGUUAAACUCAGGCUCCAUUUUAAUGGUCUCACCUUUGCCGGCUGCUGCUGUUGGGUGUCUGGGGAGGCUGCUGGGGAGGAGAGAAGGAGGCCUGGGUUAUUGUUGGAAGAGAUGAAUGGAGGUGUAGGAACUGAACAGAGGACUGGAGAAUGUAGAUCGGAGGCUCCCGUUCCCCCUUGCACCAGGAGGACGGAAGAGAAGUACAUUUUGAACAGCGGAAGAACGGGCAGGUGGAGUGAGCAUGGAAGGAGGAGUAAAUACCUGUGCGUCUGCGCAGCAGGAGGGCGGUAACUAAGAUGAUGAUGCUGACACCUGCCAGAGCAGUCGUGGCUCUGUAGAUGGUCUCGGGGUUCAGCAGCUGCCCCCCAUGGCAAGGGUCCCAGCCAGGGGCAGCAUCACCCUGAGCUGCACCUUCCACAGCCACAACCGGACCAGGACACAAGUCACCUGGGCCAGGGGCUCCUGGGAGGCCGUCGUGCUGGACCCCGCCCACCCCUUCUACCAGGGGCGGCUGGCCCAGAGCCAGCGGGACCAGCAGGGCCGGGCAGAGGCCACAGUGACCCUGUCGGAGCUGAUGGAGAGGGACUCAGAUCUCUACCACUGCUACAUCACGUACCCGCAGGGCGAGCAGGCGAAGGGCACCGGGACCACCCUGACUGUGUUAGGCAGAGCUGUUGCAGAAAUUCCAGCCGGCUGCAAGAGAGCGCUGGUCCCAAAUCUCAGAGCAUCUGGCCAGAAACCGGCUGGUCUGAGAAUUUCUCAGGAGCCCAGGUCCCUCCGCGCCACAGCUGGGGAGAACGUGACCCUAAGCUGCACCUUCCAGAACAGAAACGGCAGCAGAGCCAAGAUCAUUUGGCUCAGGGGAUCCGGAGAGGAUUUGGAGCUGGAUUCUAACCAUCCCUUCUACCGCGGGCGGCUCCAUGUGUCCAGGAUGGAUGAGCACAGACAGGGGAAGGCGACGCUGACCCUGGCUGAGCUGCAGGAGCGGGACUCUGGCCUCUAUCAGUGCUGCAUCGAACUCGACCGUGGGGAGACAGGGAUGGGAGGAGGCACCGAGCUGAGAGUGAUGGGGAGACACCAGAGUGCGACCGGGGGACGUGAGCUCUGUCGGGACUCGGGGCCCCUCUUUUACCGAGCCGUCAUCUCCCUGGCGCUCGUCGUUCUCUUCUCCCUGGGAAUCGUCCUCAGCCUGCGGCCUUGGAAAGGCGUCCCCGUGGAUCCUAUGGUGGGUGCUGGCUCCAAGGUGCCCCCGGCACCAGGACAGGUGUCUCUGAUUUAGCUGCUCAGGGGGCCGGUCACUGGCAGGAUUUUCCCAGCUCUGGUUCAGAAGCUGUCAGACUUCGCUGGACUCUGAGCCACCGCCCGGGGCUUCUCUGCUCUCCUCUGCUUCUGUCUGUGGGUCUGGCCGGUACAGCUUGGGUAUGAGAAGAACAGUAAAGAAAAGGAAAUAUUUCUCCAGAGUCAUUCCUCAGGGGACGAUAUUUUUCCAUUUAGAAAUCAACAUUGAAAACUGUAACAGAGUCAGCCACCAGAAAACCCGAAUUCGAGAGAAAACCUACCUGGUUUGUACAGGACAAAACUGUCUGGAGCAGGCUUGAUUGGUUAGAAGGAAUUUGCCGCUUGAAAGAGAGACAUGUUGCAAAAAAUAAAUAUAUUUCAAUGUGUG